AUGGUCUUUGGAGGUUGUUCAAGAGGUAUUGGAACACAAUUACUGUCAAUGAAUGAUGAUAGUUUUACUGGUUGUGGUUCAGCUGCUAGGUUGAUAUUUAAUGACAAGAGAAAAACAACUUUCUUUGUUUUUAUUACUGGGUCUGAUGUAAAUGAUGUUGGAAUUUUUGGAUUAAGAAUCAAUAAAUUACCAGCAACAAGUAAUAAAGAAUGUAAAUACGCUCAAGAGAUUAAUCAAUACCCAACAUAUAGAGAGGCUACAACAACGGGUAUUCCCCCUAAUUAUAAAGGGUUAUCAGGACUGUUUUAUACUAUCAAAGGCAAUGGAGAUAGGAUUCAUAUUUCUACAUGUCAUAGAGCGACUAAUGUAGAUACAGUAAUUAAUGUAUUUGAUAGUUGUGAAUUAAUGAAUCCAAUUUCAGUUCAAACAAGAGUUUGUGAUAAUAAAAAUAUGGGAUCAAAAAUAUUCAUUGAUACACAACCAGGUAAAGUUUAUAAUGUUCAUAUAUCUUCUACCCCAAAGAAAAGAGGAAUGUUUAUUGUUGCAUUUGAAACAGAAAAUACAAUUGUACCUCAAACAUGUGAAAAAUCUACUGCAAUUACUUCAUUACCAUUUGCAAGUACAACUAAAUUAGAUGGGAAUACAUUGAGUAUGUCAUGUGGUAAUACUCAACAAAAAGUCGGAGCAUGGUAUUCAAUUGUAGGAGAUGGAUAUGAUUAUAUUUUAUAUACUUGUAAUAGUAUGAAUGGACCUCAAGAUGGAACAAUGAUAGAAAUAUUUGAAAGUUGUAAUUCAAAUAGUCAAUGUAUGAUGAAUGAUAACGGAUGUGGGUUACAUGGUAAGAUUAGUAAAAAACUAGAAAUGAAUAAAAAUUAUUUCAUUAAAGUUAGUUGUACAAAUCCUCACACACAGUGUAGAGUUACUUUGAAUGUAGAAAAAUUAAAUACCCAAGGAGAUAUUAAUAGUUGUAUCAUUGCUAAAACUGUAGAAAUUACAAGUAGAACAGAUUCUUUUACAGAUUCUUUUGAUAUCACUACUGCAAGAACAUCUGAAACAAAAUGUGGUGGAGUUAAGCCAAGAAAAGGGUUGUGGUAUAAAGUUGUAAAUAAUUAUAAAUAUGCUUUUCCUUUAUUUAUUCAAACAAAUGUACUUUUGGCCUCUUCUACUAAACACACUGCAGAAAUUCAAAUGUACCGAAGUUGUACAUUGGAGUGUGAAGAAAGACAAUUAUCUGUUCAACAUUUAACACUAAAACCAAAAGAAACAGUUAUGUUCUUUAUCACUACAGAUGAGACUGAAGGGCAACUUGGUAUUUUCAUUAGAGAAGAUCACAGAAUACAACACGACACUUGCAAAACAGCAUUAGAGUUUAAUGCUCCAUUUACUGUGGUUGAAUAUAAACCAAAUACUGGAAGAACAACUAACCCUGUAUGUGCAGCUAAUCUUGUUGGAAGACAUACAGGUAUUUAUUAUUAUUUCCAAAGUCCUGUAACAGAUACAAUGAUUGUAGAAACUUGUGGUCUUGAAACACAAUUUGAUACUUAUGUUGAAGUAUUCCAAGGAUGUGGUAGCGACGCUAGCUGUGUUUUAUCUAAUGACGAUUCUCCAGAAUGUGGUAGUUCUGCUUCAUAUGUAAAAUUUGAAGCACAACAAGGAGCAGAAUACUAUAUUUAUGUUUCUGAAGCUAGUAAAGCAAUAGACACUGAAGGUACAUUUAGACUUAAUGUUUAUACACUCAAUCCACCAUCUCAUUCUACUUGUCAACGAGCAGAAUUAUUAACUCCUGGACUAACACAAUACGCACUUACUAAAUAUGCAGUUGAAUCCGUAAGUACUUGUUCUAAAGAUGUAAGUCAUAACAUCGAUUCAUUAACAUUUGGAAGAUUUGGAAGAAAGAAAGGAACACAAAAUCACUUAAAAGGAGUAUGGUAUAAAUAUUCUUCUACAGUUAAAGGAAAGUUACACAUUAACACAUGUAAUGCUGCAACUUCAGUAAGAACAAGAAUGGGUGUUUACAAAAGUUGUGGUGUUGUUAGCGAUGUUAGUGUUCCAGAUCAAUGUAUAAUAGAACACACAGUUUCUUAUCAGUCUUGUUCAACAAGAGGGACUUAUGUGAGCGUUGACCUGAAUCCUGGAGAAACUGUGUUUAUUUUUGUUGGUGGAGAAACAGCAAAAGAUGUUGGUUUUGUUGCUGUUGAUUCAGAAUUCCAAACAGAAGCUCCAGAAUAUGUUCCAAUUGUUUAUACUCCAAGAAUUGGUCCAAAAAGAAUUAAAGAACGAAGAACAUUGUGGAUGUUAUGGGCGUUCUGGUGGUUUGUUUAUGCAUUAGUUUGUGUUAUGACAUUUGGUGCAUUAAAAUAUUUUGGAGCUAACGAUGACUUCUUGGGAUAUCAUGAACUUUAA